UGCUCGAACAACAGACAAAAAACACAGUUCGAAAUACGCCGGCUUUCUGUAAACAACACAAUUUUUCGGUUUACGUUUUUUACUGCGUCGAUCAACAUUUUUAUGACAAUUUUUUUUACGUGUCGAACACUAACCCAAAUCGUGAAGAAGAAAAAAAAGCACAGUGAAGUGUGACAACGAAAAAAGAAAAAAAGAACCUGUAAAAAAUAUCAUAAAUUAAUUGGUACGUCGUCGGAAGCUUGAGAGCAUAAUAUGAAAGCGUGUGGUGCGCAGUCGGAACCAAUGCAUUUACGACUUUGCUCUGUAUUACACACGGAUUGAUGCAUUACAAAAAAAAUUGAUAAUAAUAUUCUUUAUUCAAUUGAAACUUGUUUUGUGUUACACAACGCGUUCAGAAAAGGAAAAAUUCCGAGCAAAUUUAAUUUAGAAAAAAAAAAUAACCAUUGAAACAAUAUUACCUCUCGAUUCGGAUUCAGUUGUUACAGUUAUUCAAUCCAUAAAACACAGACGACUGGAAAAUUCGAUGCAAUUUAAGUGUAGUGCAAUCGUAUCUCAGUUGAAAAUAAAAUAAAAAACAAACCAUAAACACACACGUACAUAAAAACUGGUUGCAACUGAAGCAGUAGACAUUAUGUGCGUUCAACGAAAUAAUAAUACGAUCGAGCGAAAGUGAUACUAUACUUUUAUUGUUUGAUUGUAACUGCAUUUAGUUGCUGUAAUAAAAGUCAACGUAAUCUGUGUGUAAUAGACGCUAAUCAUUGGGAAGCUACCAGUAGAGAAUAUAAAUACGAUAUCGGAAAUUUAGUUAAGAAAAAGUAACGCGACAGCGCCAAAAAAAUCAACCGCAUCAAAAUUGGAUAAUGUUUUAAAAAGGAGAAUCAUGUGCAUGAAGAGUUGUUUUGGCAUUUUGACGUUAACAGUGAUCUCUCUAUUGGCAUUGGUGGCUUUUGCAGGUGCAGCACAAAAAGCUGAAACGACGACCGAGGCGAGCGUGUUUAAAACAAAAUCAUGCUUUGAAAAGCCGUAUCGAUGUCCUCAUCCGAAAAUUGAAUUUUAUUUAUAUACGCGAAGAACUAUGAAAAGACCCGAAAAACUCGAUGUACUAGAUCCAGAAGCACUUUAUUAUACGCAUUUUAAUCGAGCACAUCCAACGAAAAUUAUCAUCCAUGGUUUUGGUGGCGGUCGAAAUUUCUCACCUAGUCCCGAUUUACGUGAAGCAUAUUUUCGAUUGGGCGAUUACAAUAUCAUAAUUGUCGACUAUAGUCGGGCAGUGAAAGAACCAUGUUUAAGUCAAAUGGAAUGGGCACCACGGUUUGGUAGUUUAUGUAUUGCACAAUUAGUUAAGUAUAUUGCGAAUCAUCCACGUGGUGUGCGGCCCGAUAAUAUGCAUUUAAUCGGCUAUUCGGUUGGUGCGCAUAUUGCUGGGCUAGUGGCCAAUCAUCUUAAACCGGAAGAGGGAAAACUUGGCCGAAUUACCGGUUUGGAUCCCACUAUAUUUUUCUAUUCGACUACAAACACUACACGGGAUUUGGACAAGAGUGACGCACAUUUUGUGGAUGUAUUGCACACGGGCGCCGGAAUUUUAGGUCAAUGGACUCCAAGUGGUCACGCCGAUUUUUAUGUCAACGGAGGAACUAGUCAACCAGGUUGCGCGAGUUCAACACUAUUCAAAACACUUGCAUGUGAUCACACAAAAGUCACGCCAUAUUUCAUCGAGUCGAUCAACAGUGAUCGAGGCUUUUGGGCCGGACCUUGUCGAAAUUUACUAACAUACGUACUGGGCUGGUGUCAUCCAAAAGAUGAAGAAUACGUUUUGAUGGGAGAACAUUGCACACCAAAAGCUCGUGGUGUAUACUACGUAACAACAAAUCCUGAUCCUCCAUUUGCUCGUGGUUACCCUAACAACGCUGAAGGAUCAAAUGAUCAAAAAUAUGCAGGAUUGAGAAAAUGAGCCGCAUACGAUAAACAUCAUUUUUUUUCUAAAAAUGUACAAUAACAAAACUCUUUUUGUCAUAUAAAAAAAGUUAUCUACGACGUAAAAUGUGAUAUAAACAAUUUUUUUUUA